AUGCUCAAGAACCUCAAGCGUCGCUGGUGCGUGCUGCACGAGGGAACUUUCAUGUGGUUCAAGGCUCGCCAGGACUUUAUCCACGCUGGCUGGUUGACCAAGAUUGGCGGCGGCACCUCAACGCUGGGCCGCAAGUCCUGGAAGCGCCGCUGGAUGGCACUCAAGGGAGGUGAACUCCAUUACAUGCCCUCUCAGGAGGAACAGGCCACUGUCCUGGGCGUCGUCGAUAUUCAAAAGGCUGAAGCCAUCACUGUAGAGGCCGAUGCCCCCGGCAAGCGCGAGUUCUGCUUUGCGAUUGAAACCUCCAAGCGCACUUACCUCAUGGCCGCUGAUAGCGAGCAAGAGAUGCAAGAGUGGAUCGAGAUUCUCAACAUGGUCAAGGGCAAGUCAGACGAGGAGAUCAACGCCAUGAUGGCUCAGGCCCUGGUCAACCCUCGCCAUGCUGAGGGGACCGUUGAGACAGAGGAUAUCCUCUCUGUAGGCCCCACCAACACCCAGGACGUGGAAGGCCACCCGUCUUUUGUCAUCAUGACCGCUGAGCGCGUUCUCAAGUUUGUCGCCAAGGAUCAGACUGAACUUGAUGACUGGUGCCGCCUGCUGACCCCGCGCCGCCGCGAGAACCUGUCCCCAGACAUCAACGAUGCCUCAGUCACAGAGCGCGGCUGGAUGCUCAAGGCCGGUGGCAAGGGCAAUGCGUUUAAGCGCCGCCGCUGGUUCGUCUUGCGUGGUGACACCAUCAGCUACUACAAGAACAAGGAUGAUGAUUACACGGUGGGCACCAUCCCUCUGAACUCACUUUGCUCGGUCAUCCCGCCGGAUGAGUCGCUGGCACUGCAGCGCAACGACUGGACCUUUAUCGUCCACAGCAAGCACAAAUCGUUCUUCCUCACCUGCAAAACGCAGGCCGAUUGCAAUCGCUGGAUCAACGCAAUCCAGGACGUGAUCGACAACUCGGCACAGAUCGAGACGCCCAUGGAGAAGCUCAUUGACGAGCUCAAGAUGGCUUCGCCCCUUGAGGUGGAGCAGAUCUACAGCAGCCACCGCGUGCUCACCUACACAUCGUCGGCUCUGAAGUCGCCGCUGCUGCCCCUGCCCUAUGGCGAGAUUGUUGUGCCCAACGCUGAUCGCCAGUACGAAACCCUGGCUGCCGAGGCCGUCAAGAUCAGUGCCUCGCUCCUGCCCUCGUUUGAGGCUGGUAAGAGCAAGUACGGUACAACGGAGAACCCAGUCGAUCUCAUUAAGAACGUUGUACAGGCCGUCUUUGAUGUCAACAAGCUCCGCAACGAGGUGUAUUGCCAAGUCAUUUGCCAGACGACCAAUGCACCCAACCCCGGCUCGACGCUGAACAUGACGCACUGGCAUCUCUUGGCGGCACUGUGCUGCUCAACUCUGCCCAGCCGCAAGUUUAUUCGCUUCCUCAAGUUCCACCUCAAGCGUACCAUGGACAUGCGCGAGGAAGUGGGCGAGGACGUUGCCAACGUGGCCCAGUUUUGCCUUGACAGUAUCAAGCAAACCAAGUCGCGCGACUUCCCGCCCUCCACCAAGGAGAUUGAGGCCAUCAUGUCGGGCCAGGGCUUGACCGUGAGCGUCGGAUGCGUAGGCUCACGAACGAUCGAUUUGCCUGUCAACAGCAGUACGACUUGCGGCAGCAUCAUCAAGCGCGUCAAGGCCGAGCUGCAGCUCGAAGAGAGCCGCAACGGUUUUGGUCUUUUCGAGACAUGUGGCUCCAUCUCCAAGUUCUUGGAGGACAAGUACUACGUCUCUGAUGUGCUCAGCAAGUGGGAAAAGUACGAGGCGCACGGUCUCAAUCCGGCCGAGGGAGGCUGGAAGCUCGAGUUUAAGCUUUUUGCCUUUUACGACCCCAUGGCCCCGGAUCUCUCGAAAACGGAGAAGGAGUUUUUGUUUGAGCAAGCCUACGAGGCUGUGAUGAACCGCCGCUACCCGGCCAACGAGGACACGCUGAUUCAGCUUGCAGCGCUGCGCACCCAAUUCGUGGUUGGUGACUACGAAGACGGGGCUUACAUUUCGGAUUUGGUCAAGGUCCAUCCUGCCCAACAGCCACAGCUCCUUGCCUCGGAUUCUAGCAGCGGUGGAACGCUGAAGCGUGCGGGUACCAUCAUCAAGGGUACGCUCAAGGGCUUGGGCAUGAACACGCUCCGCAAACUUCGCGGCGGCACCAUCAAGAAGACGGGCGAGGUCUCGGACGCAGAGAUGAAGAAGAUCAAGGACAAGAUUGUGGGCAAAUGGAAGACCAUGCAGGGUAUGAACAAUGACGAGGCGCGUGAGGCCUACAUGUCCAUCAUCCAAAGCUGGGAAGGCUACGGCAGCAACCUCUUUGAGGUGACUCAAACCGGCAAGAAGGAUUGGCCCAAGGAGAUCUGGCUCGGCAUCAGCUUGGAAGGCGUCAGCAUUUUCCCCGUCAAUGAGCGGGAGCGGCUUGCCUUCCAUCGCUACGAGAGUGUGCUCAGCUUCGGAGCCCCCGUACCCAACAAGUACAAAAUUUUGGUUGAGGGCGAUGGAUCCAUGGUCUUUGAAACCAACAUGGUGCUUGAGAUUGCCAAGCUGAUGAAAUCAUACAUCAAGGAGGUGGUGAGCCGAAGGCAGUAGAGCCCCUCGGCCGGUAGUGGGCGGUAAACUGUCAGUAUUGCGGCUAGUUGGGCUGGUCUCACUGGCUCGGCGUUGAGAAUUGCUCGACCGUAUUUAGCCACUCGUCCCGAGUGCUCAAAUCGGGCAAACAUCUCUUACCUACUUUGAGUUGGGCCCUUUGCUCUUCUUUUUCGUCUUCUUUUCUCUUUCUUUUUCUCUGCUGGUUCGUUCUCGUGUGUGUACCUACCGUGCUCCUGAUACCUCAUGUAAAUUUUCUAUCUCUCGUCGUGUCAUUUUGGGCGAUCAAGACUGUGCUUUGGUCGCUUUGCAAAUUGAUGACGUGUAGCUC